UUCUGCUCAAGAGUGUAAACUGGGAGUCAAGGUUCAACCCACAAGCAGGUCAAAAUGAAAAUCCUUGUGUCAAUGCUUCUGCUGGGCGUCUCAGUGAUGGCUGGGGGAGCGUGUUUUCCAAAUGACUGUUCACAGAUUAUACGACAGCAAAAACGAGCAUGCAGCGGCAUUUAUGACAUCCAGCCGGCUGGAGCCAGCGCUCCCUUUGAGGUUUACUGUGAGAUGCGAAUAGAUGGAGGCUGGACUGUGUUUCAAAUGCGCACCGGAGCAAGCUUGUCUUUUGACAGAGAAUGGCACGCGUAUAAAAACGGAUUUGGAAAUCCAGCCGAGGACCACUGGCUCGGUCUGGAGAAGGUUUAUAAUCUGACUAAGGACACAACCAGGAUGUGGACUCUGAGAGUGGACCUGUGGGAUUUUGAAGGUGGCAAUGCUUAUGCUGAAUACAGGAACUUCAGACUUGGAGAUGAGCAAUCAGCCUACAGCUUGCAAGUUGGGAAAUACAGAGGAACCGCAGGUGAUGCCAUCCGUGGUGCCCAUCUAGGCAUUGACCAAAACGGUUACGGCUUCAGCACGUUUGACCGGGACAACGACGGCUGCUCACCUUGCAUCUUUGACAACAUUGCCAUACGACAUUGCGUCUCUUCAGAGGGUGGUGGUUGGUGGUACAGCCAAUGUGGAUCAGCUAGUUUAAAUGGUGAAUGGCAUCAUUUUGGUGAACACAUUGGGUGGUCUUCUGGCCUCCACUGGGAAACCUGGAAACAUGCUCGUUAUUCAGCCAAGGCCACCAGGAUGAUGAUCAGGUCUGAGUACUGAACUGGUUGAAUGUCAUCAGUCUUAAACAUGUUGCUGCAAAAAUAUAGAAGAGUAUGCGGGCAAGAUUGUAGUUCAUGAAACAGCAAUGACAAUACAAUUAUUGGACAUAAACCUCUAGAACUACUUAAGACAGGUACCCAAAAAUGAUUAAAAUGUGUUUUAAUGAUUCAGGCAGACAUUAAACAAAGAAUUGAUUGAACUAUUUAGAAUUUCAACCUUUAGAUGCUCAAAUGAGUGUGCUAGCUUCUUGAACUAUCAUCUUUUUCAUUUGGCUUGAUUUGUUAUUAUUGUUCACAAAGAGUUGGUUUGACAUCUUAUCUUUAAUUUAUUAAUAUUUGUAAAUAUUUAAAAAUUUCCAUAAACUUUUGAAAAUUGUCAGACUUUUUUAUUUUUGCUUUUUAAGUUCAUAAACCUUUUUUACUCCCAAAUAUUCAUUCAUUCGCAACAAUUUAUCCAUGGAAGUGGUGCUAGAAAGGAGUGAAGCUAAUGUCCUUAUCCAACAAGUCUUUGGGCGAGAGGCAGGAGAUAUCCUGGACAUGUUGCCAGUCAAUCAAUUCCAGAAUGAUUGAAACUCUGCUUUUCAGAUUGGACCAGACAGGAAGUCAAACGUAAAAGCACUGAGAAAGAUCCAGAAACUUUCUAAAUAAAAGUCAAGUGCAGAUUACAUUAUAUGCUUCUUACACAUCCAGUGGAAAAGCCGGGUAAUUGUCUGGGAUUUUGAAUUUGGGGUUUUCAUAAACAGUAAACCAUAACUAUCAAAAUCGUUAACAAAUAAAGACUUGAAAUAUC